AUGGUGGGUGACGGCUUUAUCAUUAACCACAGCACGAACAGUUCCAACAAAUUAGAGAGCCCAAAGAAAACAAAGAAGAAGAAGAAGCGUGGUGGUACCAAGAAGAAGAUGACCACCGAGCAGACUUUGGCUUUCAAGUCUGUGAGUGAAUGGGUUUUCUUGGAACAAGCUUCUUCACUGCCUUCCACUGCAGCUUCUUGUGUUGUUGAUGAUUUUGGGGUACAGAAGAGCCUUGGAAGAGGUGGAGACAAGGUAGUGUUUGAAUUGCAUUCACAUUCAAAAUGCAGUGAUGGGUUUCUUUCGCCUUCGAAGUUGGUGGAGAGGGCUCAUGGAAAUGGGGUGAAAGUUCUUGCUCUGACAGAUCAUGACACGAUGUCUGGCAUACCUGAGGCCCUGGAAGCAGCUCGGAGAUUUCGCAUAAAGAUAAUUCCAGGUGUUGAAAUCAGUACAAAAUUCUACCCAAGAGGAGAUUCUGAACCAGAGGAACCAGUACACAUCCUUGCAUAUUACAGCAGCUGCGGGCCAACAAGUUUUGAAGAUCUGGAAAAGUUCUUGUCUAAUAUAAGGGAUGGUCGUUAUCUUCGUGCAAAAACUAUGGUUUCCAAACUGAACAUGCUCAAGUUGCCUGUUAAAUGGGAGCAUGUCUCAAGGAUUGCAGGCAAGGGAGUUGCUCCUGGGAGACUGCAUGUGGCCCGUGCGCUGGUUGAAGCAGGUUAUGUGGAAAACCUGAAACAAGCUUUUUCCCGCUAUCUUUUCGAUGGUGGACCUGCAUACUCGACGGGAAGCGAACCUCUGGCAGAAGAAGCAAUACAAAUGAUUUGUGAUACAGGAGGUGUGGCUGUGCUAGCUCAUCCUUGGUCAUUGAAAAAUCCAGUGACCAUCAUAAGAAGGUUAAAAGAAGCUGGUCUUCACGGGAUUGAAGUUUACAGAAGUGAUGGAAAACUGGCUGUGUACAGUGAUCUAGCUGACACUUAUGAUCUUCUGAAGCUUGGAGGGUCAGAUUAUCAUGGGAGAGGUGGGCAUGGUGAGUCUGAGCUGGGUAGUGUGAACCUUCCAGUGCUGGUUUUGCGUGACUUUCUUAAAGUAGCUCGGCCAAUUUGGUGUUGUUCCAUUAGGCACAUUUUAGAAAAUUAUGCCGAGGAGCCUUCAGAUUUUAAUCUAGCAAAGAUUACAAGGUUUGGGAAGGGAGUUUCCCCCUUAACCUGCGGCAAGGAUUUGAUUGAUCGCUGCUUGUCUUCGUGGUUGACAAAUGAAGAGAGGCAAAAUGCAGUUUUCGAGGCCGUCCGAUUGAAGCUUUCUCAUGUUUCAAUUAAUCAGGGAGGAAUCCAGGUUCCCAUAGAGAGUAAAUAA